AUGGCAACCGAAACAUCUCACCUCCACACCGUGAUCCCCUCUCACAAAUUCCCCAACCUAUUCCUCCGCACCAUCAAGGCCUCUGAUGCCGAACGCUUCGUGGCCAUUCUCUCCGCGCCAUCAAACAAAAGCGACCCUCACAGCCAGGACAUGUCACUUGAAGCCGCAGAGGCCUCCAUUGCUCUCAUGCUCGAAUCAGCUAGCGAGCCCACCAAGCUCAACGCCCAAGGCAAAGUCUUCGGGGGCCCAGGCCGUGUCAACAUGAUGCUGGUUCUCAAGGCGGAGGACGGCAGCGAUGAGGAGCGAAUCAUUGGUCUAGGAGGCUUUGGUGCAAUCAAGACCCGCAAAUGCCUUGAUGGACGCGAGAUCCGCGUGGGCGAUGCGGGCGUCAUGCUGGACCCGGCGUAUAAACGCCUUGGGUACGGCCUCGAGGCGAUGAAGAUGGCGAUCAAUUGGGCUUACAAGCCGGUUAGCGAGGGAGGAGCUCAGCUUGAUUUGGUGACGAUGACGACUUUGGCGGAGAAUGUCGCGAUGUUGCAGCUCAUUGAUGAGAAGUUGGGAUUGGAGGGCAAAGGGGUUACAAGACAGGCGGAGUUUGAUGAGAACAAGAUGGAGGUAUACUAUGAACUGCCGAAGGAAGCCUGGGAGAAUCUAAAGAGAAACUAG